AUGUAUAUCAAAGAAAAGUCAACUGAUUUUCCUCAUAAGUAAGAUGACCUGAAUAAGUCAAAGCCGACCCAUGACUCAAUAAGAAUACCAAAUCAUCAUUAAAUAAAGAAAAGUAGCGGAAGUUUCUACUCAAGGGGAGGGACUCAUUCACCCUCGAAAGAUAGUGAAAAGGAAGAGGAGAGUGGAGGUCGUCAUGGCCGUAAAUAAAAUUUUUCUAAGGAAGCAACCUCAGUCCUAAAAAGAUGGCUGAUUGAAAAUGUCGAGCACCCGUAUCUUAAAGCAGUUGAUAAAAUUAACCUUUCCAGAGAGAGCGGUUUAACUAGAAAACAAGUAUAAAACUGGUUUACAAAUAUUCGCAAGAGAGUUUGGCAGCCUUUGAUGAAUAAGUUCAAAAACAAGAAAGAUCUCAAGAAAAUUAUUUUGAAGCUAAAACUCAAACUUGACUCCUCAGAUGAAAACUCUAUCAAUGAAGUUUCAUCUUAGUUAAGGGCAAGUUAAACUGUCGGUGACCAGGAUAAAGAUCAAGAAAUAUCCUCACCCAAGGUAUAUAAUCAUCAUUUGACUAAUCAAUUUUAGGAGGAUUCGCAUAUGUAAUAACCAUUUUUAUAAUAUAUAUUUAUUAGAUCAAAAAGUCUUGGAAAGAGAACUAAGCGUUCAUUCGAGGAGAACCCCCACUAAUACAAUCAAGUGCAUUAGUACCAACAAAGUAAGAUAAGAAAUCUCAAAAAAAAGAAAGAUUUGCCCGGAGACACAAAAGUUACAUAAUACUUGGAGCAAAUGGAUAAAUUUAAUUAGUAAUAGAAAGAAAAACGUGCUAAUCUUAAUAACUCAAGUGAAAAUGGCAGUAAUAAUAGCAUGCCAGGUGUAAAUAAUUCUGGAGGGUCAAAUAACUCAAACCUAGCUUACUUAGAUAGUAGUAAUAGUGGUAUUAGGAAUAUUAGUGCUGGUCCUACCUCAAAUCCACUUAUUGGAUCUAGUGGAGGUGGAUCAUCAGGUAAUAAUUCAAAUAACAUCCAAUAUGUUCCAAUUAUGGUAAUGUGUUGUCCUAACAUCUUAAAAAAUGAGCCAUGCUUUUGUGGACACUAAUCCUUUGUAACUAUGCCUUCAUAGACUCAACUUCAUUAAUAUCUUAACUAACUUAUGCAAAACCUAAACGGUCCGGGCAUGAACAAUAACAAUCCAAGUAGUGGUGCUUCCUCAAGCUAAAAUUUGUAGCCUAGUAAUUGUGGUCCUUAGGCUCAAUAUAUGCUCACUGGUAGUACACUAUCAACUAAUAACAAUAAUGGAAUGGAUUAGAUGAGCCUUCCAUAAGGGAUAUAGAUCCCAAAUCAAGUUUAGAAUAUGCAAGAUAAUCAAAUAGUUUAGCCUUAGGUUAACACUCAUUAGCAGCCUAAUGGUUAAUCGCAAAACUAUUACUAUCAUCAUCAGCAAAACCAUAUAUUUAGAAACUAAAUGUCAAACUAGAUGAACCCGUUCUAGUCGUUUUGCAAUUCAUCCUCAUCAAGCGGACAUUCAGUUGGAGGUAAUGUUAAAGCAGAUAAAACACAAAGCAAUUAUUGGAAUAUAAACUUCCCAAAUGUCCAUCUACCGAAACCCUCUAUUAGUCAAAUUGGGUCUUCAUCAAAUGGUAGCAAUGGAAGUAACGGAAGUAAUGGAAGUUAGCGAUUAAUGUGA